GAUUUGCAUAAACAAGUUUGCUGUGUUACCUUAGUUUUUGCGGUGAUGUUCUCUUGAUGUAAACGACGUUUGUUAGCUAUGCAUAACCGUCACGUUUACAGCGGAUAUCCCGUAUACUAAAUGGCAGCUCUAGUUGACCGUUUGAGCUCUUCUAGUGCUACGCUAGGAAGAUUAUUAUAUGUUGUAGUUAGAAGAAGGUUAUCAGGUGAGCCUAGCUCUGUUUGCCCGUAUGUCAGACACUACAAGAAUAGGAAUCCUCGCAACUUGGAAUUGUUGGGACUGGAACAAAAGACGAGAGGCUUCGAGACUGAGAGGUCGCGAAGCGAUUAUUAUCACAGACUAAAGUUGAUUCUUACCAAUAAACAUACUUCUGCUGUUGUGAAUCAUCGGACUGGUCAAACUGUUGUUCAAGCUUCAACCAGAGAAUUUGCAAUUGCCAAGCAUCUCUAUAAAACUUGUGAUGUUUCAGCUUCUAGAAACAUUGGCCAAGUAAUGGCACAUAGAAUGAAAGAGUUUGGUAUGACUCGUGUCUGGUGGGAAAGAUCCAAGUCUGAUCGAAUUAGUCAGAAAGUAAAGGCAUUCCUGGAAGGGUUGCAGAAGGAAGGUAUUCAGCUAACAGAACCCAGACAAUUCCAUUUGCUGUUGGUUUUGACUUAUUAAUUGCAUAUUGAUAUGGACAUGGAAUGUUCUGGAGUUGAGAAUUAAGAUGAGGACAGGGACACUGUGAGAUCUCCAUUUCAGGCAAAGUGAUAUUGAUGGUCUCUCCUGGGUGAACUUUAAUUGAGCAAGGAGUAAUGAUUUCUGUAACACUGGCUGUGUAGCCUGUGGCAGUUUUGCUUGUUAUUC